AUGGUAAGAGCGCGAAAAUUUGUCCUUAUAAAGAUAUUCUGUGGGAUGCCAAAACGAGAUGACUAUGAAAUAGUAGAAUUCGACCUACCUCCCCUUAAAGACAAGGAAAUUCUCGUCAAAGCUGAGUGGUUAAGUGUUGACCCUUAUUUGCGAAACGAGUUUGUUCCAUCUGUCCCUUGCGAUCAGGUUGGUGUCCAAAUUGGCAUAGUUCAACAGACCAGAAAUCCUAAAUAUCCUAUAGGUACAAGAAUUGUGUCCCAUAUGGGCUGGUGUGACUACGCAAUAUUGCAUGAGCCUAAGAACGAACUACAAGAUUUAAUGUAUGAAUUACCCGAUUUAGCGGGCCUCCCAACUGAAUUGGGGCUCGGUGCAGUAGGAAUUCCAGGUUUGACAGCUUAUUAUGGCUUUCUAGAAAUUUGUAAGCCUAAGCCGGGUGAAAUCGUUGUAGUAACAGGUGCUGCUGGAGCAGUAGGCUCUAUCGUGGGACAGAUUGCGAAGAUAAAAGGUUGUAAAGUUAUAGGAUUCGCCGGAAGUGAUGAUAAAGUACUAUGGUUGGAAAAGGAAUUAGGUUUUGAUAAAGCUUUCAACUAUAAAAGUGCGGACAUUUCCGCUGCCCUCAAACAAGCCGCGCCGAAUGGAGUUGACUGCUAUUUUGACAAUGUUGGUGGAGAAAUAAGCAGUAUCAUUAUGGGCCAAAUGAACGUGUUUGGGAGAGUUUCUGUAUGCGGUAGUAUCAGCGUCUACAAUUGCCUUCCCUCAGACUAUCCCGUGGCUACUACCAUUCAACCUAAUAUAAUAUCUAAACAAUUAAGAGUUGAAGGUUUUAGAGUAAAUCGAUGGCUUGAGACGAAAGAACUCGUUAUUGAGGCAUUCAAUAACCUUAUUAAGUGGAUAAAGGAUGGAAAAAUCAAGUGCAGAACCCAUAUAACUGAAGGUUUUGAUAAUGCGGUCAAUGCAUUUGUUGGUAUGUUAUCGGGAGAAAAUUUUGGCAAAGCAGUCGUUAAAGUC